AUGGUGCAUCUAACGGAGCUGCGAAUCGUGCUGCCCUUCACAUGUGCGUGUCAAGGGCCGGGGGCGGAACGGGACGCCACGGGGCGCGCGCACGGGGGGGAGGGCGGGGGUGUGCGGGGGUGCGCAGUGGAGGAGUUCAAGCGCGGGCAGCGGUACGCCAACUGGCGCACUAACGAGGAUGCCACGGAACCCGGCCAGGGCGGCACUGUCAGUGCCCUCCCGUCCGCCCUUCCUGCCCUCCCUCUCCUCCCUGCCCCCCCUUCUCUGCUGCUCCCCCUCCUCCUCGCCCUCGAGUGCCGUGCCAUCCCGCUACUGUGUGUGUUUUCAAAUGGCGCCUCCACGCGAUGCUCCCAGUUGUCACACACACCUCUUUUCUCCCCCUCACCCUCCUCCACUCGCUUUGAAUUCACCACGGGACGCCCGAGGCACUCACUGCUGUCAUCAACGCCCUACUACCACGAGCAGCACGGGGAGGGUCUCUUCACGCACAGCCUCUUCCGCCUCGGCAACCGCCUCCCUGACUGGGUGAACCGGCUGGUGCCGCCGUCAGCGCUGGUGGUGGAUGAGAAGAGCUGGAUCAACUACCCCUACUUCCGCACCAUCAUCACCAUCCCCUUCUUUAGCAAGCACGCAUGGAGAUCGAGACCAUUGCAGGACGGUGGCUCAUUCCCCAACGCCUUCGGGCUCCCCCACUUCCCCACUCCUUUCUCCUCUCUUGAAAAGAUUCUCCCCUUCCCCCACUUCCCCACUCCUUUCUCCUCUCUUGAAAAGAUUCUCCCCUUCCCCCACUUCCCCACUCCUUUCUCCUCUCUUGAAAAGAUUCUCCCCUUCCCCCACUUCCCCACUCCUUUCUCCUCUCUUGAAAAGAUUCUCCCCUUCCCCCACUUCCCCACUCCUUUCUCCUCUCUUGAAAAGAUUCUCCCCUUCCCCCACUUCCCCACUCCUUUCUCCUCUCUUGAAAAGAUUCUCCCCUUCCCCCACUUCCCCACUCCUUUCUCCUCUCUUGAAGAGAUUCUCCCCUUCCCCCACUUCCCCACUCCUUUCUCCUCUCUUGAAAAGAUUCUCCCCUUCCCCCACUUCCCCACUCCCUUUCUCCCCUUCCCAGCUGCGCAUGGAGAUCGAGACCAUUCACCUGCAGGACGACGGCUCGCACCCCAACGCCUUGGGAUUAGGGUGGACUGGAUGGACACUGGCAGCGAGCCUGUGGCCAGAAGGGACUACAAGUCCGAGCUGGACCCACUGCUGGUCCGCUCCAAGCUCACAGGUCGCGGCCCCCUAACCCCAGGGUGGCAGAAGAGGGAGCGGCCUCUCAUGUGUGCAUACAAGGUGGUGCGAGCCCAGGCGGAGUAUUGGGGUGUGCAGAACAGUGCAGAGCGGCUGCUCAUCAACUCGCUCAGGCAGAUCUUCCUGCUAGCGCACAAGAACUGCUUCGGGCUCUUAGACCACUGGUACCCGCUCUCGCUCGAACAGAUCAUUGCAAUCACCGACAAGAACAAGCCUCAGGUCCCCGUCCCAAAGCCCCUCCCUCCUCCCGAACCUGCUGCCGAGCCUGUUCCAGAACCUGCCUCCGAACCUGAAGGUCGUAGCAAGAGGGACGGGUUGAUAGCGGGCGGUGUGGAAGAGGGGAGGGAGGGGAGGAGGGAUGGGAUGCUGACAAGAGGGAGUGAGAGUGAGGGAGGUGAGGGGGAGGGGGAAGGGGAGGAGACGGAGGAGGAAUCAGAGGAGGAGGAUGAGGAGUGGGAUGAUGAAGUGGAGUUCUACGAAGCACAGAUGCAGUGGGCGGCCGAGGAAGAACUCUUCGGAGAGAAGAUGCUUUCAGACCUGGGUCAUCCGCUCUCCCUCUGCUUGGAGCAGCCCCCGCCCCUCUGCCCCCUCUGCUGUGCGCGCACACACCACCAGGGCGGGCAGCUGGAGGGGAGAGAGAGGUCGGCGGAAGCUGGCAGGGCAGUGCAAGAGUGUGCGCCGGCUGUGUUCUGUGUGUCGUGUGGCGAGUUCUUCUGCCACCGCUGCUUUCACGAGUUCCACAUCACGCCUCGCUUGCAGCAGCAUGCCACACACCCCAUCGCUUCUUCCCAGACGAUUCCUCCUGCCGCCCCUGCUGACACACAGAAUGGCUACUCCUCUCCACUCAAUCAGAACCUGCCACGUGGCAGCACAGACACUGUCCCCACGCCCCCUACCACCACCAGUCACCGCAUUGCACCCAGCGGCACCAGCACAACCACAAGUAAUACCGAGGAGGACCACUCAAUUGGUGUCGGCAGCGCUGGUGCUGUUGCUAGUGCUCCCUCUGCUGCUACCUCUGGUGCUGCUGCUGCUGCUGCCUCUGUUGCUGCUUCUGCUGCGCGCACAGAGAGGAGGAGGCAGAAGGCAGAGGCGAAGGGAUUGAGAGAGCGGGCAAGGGAGGGGGAGAGGGAGGAGAGGGAGGGCAUGAUGCUAGCGGCUCGAGAGGUGAGAGCGGAGGAGAGGAGGGACGAGAGGGAGAGGAGGGAGGAGGAGAGGGAGAGGAGAGGGGAGGAGAGGAGGAGCAAGGAGUGGAGGGGGAAGGGCAGCCUACUGGGGAGAGAUGGGGGUCGCAGGGGGAGUUGGCGUAUGGGAGAGGGGGAGAAGGGGGAAGAGGGUUUGUCGGAGGAGGGGGGAAGGGGAGCAGGGUUGUGGGGGGGAGGAGGGGUUGAGAGGGGGGAUGGGAGGAGAGCAAGUGGGAGGUGGGUCGCAGGUAAGCGCAGCAGCGCUGCCUUGAACAGCAGAGAUUCCCAGGCGGAUUUCCAGGUGGAAACUCAGGUGCUUUCAGCAGAGGCCGCAGAGGGCAGGGACGUGCAGAAUCGGAGCUCAUUCAACUUGUGGUUACAUGGUAACCCUGAUAAGCUUCUAGAAGCGGAUACUCCUCUUGCUGCAGCUGCUACUGCUGGUACUGCUGCUUCUGCUGCUUCUGUUGCUGCUGCUGCUUCUGCUGCUGCUGCAGCGGCUCCUGCUUAUGCUGGUUGUGCUGCUGAAUCUGCUGCCGCUGCUGCUCCCAACGAUUCCAACAUUCCCAGCACUCGACGUGCUGCCUAUGCCAGUGAUCCCAGUGCGUGUGCCUCUGGCAGCGGAAGUGCACAGGGGGCGAGCCCCAUUUGGGAAGGGCAGGCUGGCAUGCAGGAGGGGUCAAGUGGGAGGCCAGUGAGGGAGCGGCUAAGGGAGGAGUACGAGGGGCGACCUGUAGAGCUCUCAAUGGCUCUCGUUGGUGGUAUCCUCGCCAUCUAUAAGGCCGCUGCUAACGCUGAUGCUAAUGCUAAUGCUGCUUCUGCUACUGAUGCUGCUGCUGCUGCACCCUCCGCCGCCUUGCACGGAAUCCCAUCCCCCACACUGACCUCCUCGCUAUCCUCACCAUCGCUCGCAUCGCUGGGUUCCGGAGCAUCUCAGCCAUCCGUCUCUGCCCGGCACUCUGACUCCGCCCUGGCUCACAUUGACCCUCCCACCCCUCUCUCCACCUCUCACCCUCCCUUGCCUUCUUCCAACAUAUCCUCUCAGCAGCCGCAGCGGCAGCAGCAGCAGCAGCAGCCAGGCACCCCAUUUGAACGCUCACGCGCCUUCUCCUGGAUGGGUCCUAGAGUCUUCUCCCGCUCCGCCUCCUCCCCCACCCUCUCUCACACUCACUCACACACCACUGCUGCCCCACACUCGUCCGCUGCUUCUCUCACUUCCACUCUCUCUGCUGCCGCUACCAAUUCCCCCUGGUCCUCUGUUGCCAGUCUUCCUGGCAGCAUUGCAAGCUCAGCAGCGGCUGUUGCUGGCGUUGCUCCUGAUUUGCCUGAAGAUGAUGUGUGUGCUGGUGACUCAGCACCUGGGGUUGCUGAUGUGACUGUAACAUAUGGGGAAAAUGUGACUGUAACAAAUGGGGAAAAUGUGACUGUAACGGAUGUGCAAGUGGUUCUGGACUAUCUGGCAUCGGAAGCAGGCACAGCUCAUCGACAUGAGCUCCAACGGUUCAGGAUCCUAUCAGAGCUGCUGGCAGACAUGCAGCCACAGCAGCUGGGGCACUCGGAGCGACUGGCCUUCUGGAUCAACGUGUACAAUGCACUAGCCAUGCAUGCGUAUCUGGUGUAUGGCCAGCCACGCAGCCACUACAAGCGAGUCAUGUUCAUGCACAAGUCGGCCUACAUCAUUGCUGGCCUGCCCUUCUCCAUCCUCGCUAUAGAGCACUGCAUUUUAAGAGCUGCGUCCUUCCAACCAGCACUGGCCUGCGCUCCCAUCACUGUCCCUGCCCCCCUUGCCCCCUCCCCUCCUCCCCCUCCCUUCAAAAUCCCACACAAAAAUGUCACACACGCACGAAAGUAUCCCACUACCACCCUGCUUUUCCCCCUUUUCCAGGCGGGUCUGCUGCCAGUGCAGCGCUACAGGCGGGGGGACGUGCGUGGCGCUACAGCCUGGCUCUGCACCCUCGUCACACCUCCUUCCCUUUCCCCACCGUCCACCCUCUCAACAUUCUCCUCUCAGGCGGGUCUGCUGCCAGUGCAGCGCUACAGGCGGGGGGACGUGCGUGGCGCUACAGCCUGGCUCUGCACCCUCGUCACACCUCCUUCCCUUUCCCCACCGUCCACCCUCUCAACAUUCUCCUCACAGGCGGGUCUGCUGCCAGUGCAGCGCUACAGGCGGGGGGACGUGCGCUACAGCCUGGCUCUGGACCGGCCCGAGCCUCUCGUCACCUUUGCUCUCAGCUGUGGCUGCGCCUCCGCUCCCCCUGUAAGCCUCGCCUCCCUCUGGCCCUCCUCACUCUCACCCCCCCUCUCCAAUUCCCUCCCUCCUCUCCCCUUUUUACAUGUGCUGUUCUGCCCUGGCAUUUACACAUUCGCACAUUACUUGCCACUGUGCUAUCACACCCUCACCCUGAUCCCCAUCACUGCGGGCAGCGCAGCGGCAGAUUCAGCGGAGGCCGAGAGCACAGUGGCGGAAGACAUGAAGCAGCGGAGAGGCCUCCGCGGCAAAACCGAGGCUGACGUCAUCGUCAUCGGUUCCGGAAUCGGCGGGCUCUGCUGCGGCAGCCUCCUCGCGCGCUACGGCCGCGACACGCUCGUGCUCGAAAGCCACUACCUCCCGGGCGGCGCGGCGCACGGAUUCACGCGAAACGGCUUCUCGUUCGACACGGGCCCAUCGCUGUUCUCAGGAUUGUCGUCGCGCGGCCCGCAGGCGAACCCGCUCGCGCAGGUUCUCGACGCGCUGGGGGAGACCGUGCCGUGCGCGGCGUACGACAGCUGGAUGUGCUACCUGCCUGAAGGCGACUUCCUCUCCCGCAUCGGCCCGUCUCACUUCAUUGAGGUCUUACAGCAGCGAGUGGGGGAGGACGCUGUGCGCGACUGGCGCAAGCUCAUGGCAGUGGUGGAGCCUCUAGCCGGGCCCUCCAUGGCCCUUCCCCCAGCCGCUCUCCGUGCUGACCCUGCUGUGCUGCUCACCGCAGGGCUGAGGUACGGGCCAAGCUUGCUCCGCACGUUCGGCAACGCUGGGCCUGCAGCUGCGCUCAAUGCAUCUAAGCUGAUGGGUCCGUUCUCCUCGCUAGCCAACUCAGUGGGAGUGAAGCACCCCUUUGUGCGCAACUGGAUCGACCUGCUCUCCUUCCUGCUGUCGGGACAGAAGGCCGACGCCACCAUUGCGGCUGAAGUGGUGUACAUGUUUGCAGAGUGGUACAAGCCAGGGAGCGUCAUGGAGUACCCUCUCGGCGGCCCAGAGGCGAUUAUUGAGGCGCUUAUAAGGGGGAUGGAGAAGCACGGCGGGCAGCUCUCCCUGAACUGCCACGUGGACAGCAUAGUGGUGGAGGGCGGCCGGGCAGUCGGCGUAAAACUUAAAUCCGGGCAGGUUGUUCGCGCCCGAACAGCCGUGGUGAGUAAUGCAUCGGUGUGGGAUACCAUGCGACUGCUGCCACCCGGGAGUGUACCUGCGGAGUAUCGGAAAGAGAGGGAGGCUACACCUGAGUGUGAUUCAUUCAUGCACCUGCAUCUCGGAAUCAAGAAGGAGAAUCUUCCUGCUGACCUGGAAAUCCAUCACAUCGUGGUCAAUGAUUGGUCGGUCGGUGUCGAUGCGCCUCAAAACGUGGUCCUCAUCUCCAUCCCGACGGUUCUCGAUGCGUCACUGUCGCCACCUGGCACCGUCUCAUUGCACGCGUACACUCCGGGGACCGAGCCCGCUUCCCUGUGGCAAGGCCUGGAUAGGCGAUCGGCUGAAUACAAGAAGCUGAAGGAGGAGAGGGCUGAGCUGGACGGCGCGGCGGACGUGAGCGCACAACAGGCGGCGCGGGGGCGGGACAUUCAGGGCAUCCCGUGGGAGCGGCUGCACUUCACGCGCGCAAAGUACCGCGCCAUGCGCCUGCAGCAGUACAAGAACUACAAGAACCUCGACGUCCCAUUGGACGCUGUCGAUAAGCAGUACAAGAACUACAAGAACCUCGACGUCCCAUUGGAUGCUGUCGAUAAGGACGCGGAGAAGUUCUUCAGUUUCGCCUACAACACGCGCGCCGUCAAGUCCACCAUCGUGCACUUCCAGGUACGCCCCCCCAGAUACGCCCGCCAGGUGCGCCCGUCCAGAUACGCCCCGCCCAGGUGCGCCCGUCCAGAUACGGCCGUCCAGGUGCGCCCGUCUAGAUACGCCCGUCCAGGUGCGCCCGUCCAGGUACGCCCGCCCAAGUACGCCCGUCCAGAUACGCCCGUCCAGCUGCGCAACCUAGUGUGGGCGACGUCGAAGCAUGACGUGUACACGAUGCACGGCCACACCAUCGGCCACUACUCCGCGCUCUCCCACCGCUCCGUUGACUUCCUUGACCUCAGCGGACCCGUCGUGCCCAUCUCCCAUCGCAUCCUUCUUACCGUUUUGUGUCAUCCACCCACCACACCUGACCCCGUCCCACCCAUUCGUUUUUCUUGCCCUUCGCGAAGCUGUCAUAUUUUUAGCCGCAGUCAUCCUCCCACCCACACCCAUCCCCCCCUCCCUCUUCUUCCAAUAGCUUUCCCUCACCCCUCUAACCAUCCCCCGUCUCCUCCUUUGUCUCCUCCCCAUCCCCACCCCGGGCCCACCCACUUCCACCCCAACCCCAACCCCCCCUCGCCCUCCCCCUCCCCUCCCCUUUCCCUUCCCCUUCGCCCUCCGCCAGCUACAGCGCGCCCCUGGCUGUACCACCAGCGCGCCACCACUGCCACACAUUGCGCCCAGGCGGACCCAGGCUCUAUGGGGCGGGGGGACAGGGGGGACGGCGGAGCAGGUGGGGGAGUAGCCACUGGCGCGGGGGGAGCAGCAGGGCCUGGGAGAGGGGAUGGAGGGGGAGGGGCGGCGGCAGGGGGGAAUGGGGCAGGAAUGGCGGAUGAUGGGACAUGGGAACCAGUGGGUCGGGUGCAGGUGAGCACGCUGUGUGUGCGCAACGGCUGGUGGCAGCGGGGGGCUUCAACGGCGAGAUGGUGUGCAAGCGGCUUGACAGCGGCGCAGAGGGCGGCGUGUCGUAUGCUGGGCGGAACACGCGAUGAGAGCGCCAUCACCAAUGCAGUAGAGAUCUUUGAAUCCGCCAGGUGGGGGAAGAGGGUGGGGAAAGGGGUGGGAGAGGGUGGAUAG